UUGCCCUAAAUCUCUCACUCUCUCAGUCAUCGCCUCCUCUCAAUCUCUCAUCUAAACAAACGAAGUGACGAACCCUAAGCUAACCCUCGCCUCCUCUGAAGUCUGACCUCUCAUCGUCCUCGCCUGAGUGAAAGAUUUGUUUGUAUUUCAAAGAAAAACAACUUAGACAGAGAAAGUGAAAGAUGUGUUUGGUGUUCAUGUGCGAUGAGGACGAAAGGGUGAUAUCUAGGCAACUGGCACCAGGGUCGUGUCCGUAUUGUGGAGGGAUGAUACAUGCCAUAUUGCCAUGGACGUUGAGAGUCAAGAGGUUCUGUUUCCUGCCCAGGACCAAGAAAAAGUACUAUUGCAGUAUGUGUGCUAGGCGUUUGGUCGUCAAAUACUAAGACUAUUUGUAGAUCGAAGCGACGAAGACACUGCUUCUCUCCUCAUCGGAACAAUUGGAGACCGAUCUCAGAUGGGUUAGCUUGAUGAUUAAUGACUACUACUUUAAUUUGUUUG